AUGUCGAGGCCGGAACACACACGCACCAACUCCACCAACUUGAACCCCGGCUCUCGCGCUCGCCCCCUCGAAGGCCGCGUGGGAAUCGUCACGGGUGCUUCAAGGGGUAUCGGAGCCGCCAUUGCAAGGAAUUUGGCCAGCAAAGGCUGCAAUAUUGUUCUCAACUACACCUCAGACUCUUCCACCAGCGUCACGGAAGAGCUGGCCGCUGAACUGGAAGCCGAGCAUGGCAUCAAAGCCGCCAUCGUACAGGCCAACAUGGGCUCCGAAAAUGGUCCCCAGCACAUUGUCGACGUCGCCAAGAACCAUUUCCAACACCCCAAAACGGGUAAAUUCGAGAUUGGCAUCAUCAUCAACAACGCGGGUGUCGCCGGCAACAACCCCAUAGAGAAGAUUGAUUGCGAGCAGUUCGCAAGGCAAUACAAUAUCAACGUGCGAGGUCCUCUUCUGCUCAUUCAGGCUGCUCUUCCGUACCUGCCUCAUGACCGCUCCGGCCGCAUCGUCAACCUGUCGUCAGUGUCUUCCUCGCUAGGGCCAUGAC